UUUUUAUAAAAUGAGUGCUUAAAUUGCAAAACUAAUUCUGAGAUUUGUUUUUAUUUUUUUUAUUUGACUAAAAAAAAAAAGCAAAACAAAAACAGAGCUCUGGGUUUUGUGUUUGUGUGUUUGGCUUCUCCCCAGCCGUUAUAUAUAAAACCCCCAAAACUCUCGGAGCCAUCACACGACAAUGACCGGCGCAUUGUUCAGAAACGCUGCCACCGACGCCGCUCGGAUCCUUCGAUUACAGAGAACAGCGACGGCGAAUCUUUUCGGAAAGCUCGAUCCUUUACUGAUAGGAGGAGACGUCCGGCGGCGAUUGCAGUCUCGGCCUUAUUUUCGUACGACUCAGUUCCUUGGGAAAGCCAAGGAAACAGGUGUCUCUGGUUUCUGUUCUUCUUCGUCUUCGACGGUAACUACUGCUGGAUUCAUCGGUUGGUAUUUGGGUAUGGUGAAAUCGCGGCCGGUUCUUACUAAAUCCGUCACGUCUUCGCUUAUUUACAUCGCCGCUGAUUUGUCUUCUCAGACAAUACCGCAAGCUUCUGUGGAGUCUUAUGACUUGGUAAGAACAGCAAGGAUGGCAGGAUAUGGUUUAGUAAUCUUGGGUCCGACACUUCACUAUUGGUUUAACCUCAUGUCGAGACUGUUUCCAAAACGAGAUUUGAUCACAAUCUUUAAGAAAAUGGCCAUGGGACAGACGGUCUACGGCCCUGCCAUGAAUGUUGUUUUCUUCUCAUUGAAUGCAGCCCUACAAGGUGAAAACGGUUCUGAGAUAGUUGCUAGAUUGAAAAGGGACCUACUUCCCACGAUGUUAAAUGGUGUCAUGUAUUGGCCUUUGUGUGAUUUUGUUACAUUCAAGUUCUGCCCUGUUCAUUUACAGCCACUUGUGAGCAACUCGUUUUCGUAUCUAUGGACAAUCUACAUAACUUACAUGGCAAGCCGUGCGAAGCCAACCGCCAUUUCAAGUUGAGACAGCUUUCUUGGAAACUCUUGUACGCGGAAAUGUAGCGCAGAAGCUUUUACUAAAAGAAGCAGAGCAUUCUUCAACAUUCUUUUGUGUCAUCUCUGCAGAUUUUAGAGUGUAAAAUGUAAAGAGUUUUGGAAAACGUACUGUGCAUUUGGACAUGUCUUGCACUCUUUAAGAUAUAACGUAAGUCUUUUUAUUGAUUCUUUUUGUUA